UUCUCUUUCUUCUCUUAUUUUUUUUUUUCUACUUUUUUUUUUGCAUUGUCUUCUUCUGUUUCCAUUGAACCCUACCUAGCAAGGGGGGAAAAAAUCUGAUUUUCUCGGCAAACAAACAGCUCCAGUGGGAAAAUGCAGAAUCCGAGGCUCAAGCAGCAACAGCAACAAGCUUUGAUGCAGCAGCACUCUCUCUACCAUCCUAGUGUCAUCGCUGCGCCUCAGUUAGAGCCUGUCCCAAGUGGAAAUCUGCCUCCCGGUUUUGAUCCCAGUACCUGUCGCAGCAUAUAUGUCGGCAAUAUCCAUACACAGGUCUCAGAGAUACUUCUUCAAGAGAUUUUUGCAAGUACUGGACCUGUUGAAAGCAGUAAACUCAUCAGAAAGGAUAAGUCUUCAUAUGGUUUUAUCCACUACUUUGAUCGAAGGUCUGCUGCUCUGGCUAUACUGUCUCUUAACGGAAGGCAUUUAUUUGGACAGCCUAUCAAAGUUAAUUGGGCAUAUGCCACGGGGCAGAGGGAAGACACAUCAAGUCACUUCAACAUUUUUGUGGGGGAUCUCAGCCCAGAGGUUACAGACGCAACACUGUUUGCUUGCUUUUCUGUUUAUUCCAGUUGCUCGGAUGCAAGAGUCAUGUGGGAUCAGAAAACUGGGCGCUCUAGAGGUUUUGGUUUUGUUUCCUUUCGCAAUCAACAGGAUGCUCAGUGUGCAAUAAAUGACAUGAACGGUAAAUGGUUGGGUAGCAAACAGAUCAGAUGCAACUGGGCGACAAAAGGUGCUACAUCCGGUGAGGAUAAGCAGAGCUCUGAUGGAAAGAGCAUUGUGGAACUUACAAAUGGCUCUUCAGAGGAUGGUAAAGAGAUAGCUAAUGAGGAUGCUCCUGAAAACAAUCCUCAAUACACCACUGUUUAUGUGGGAAACCUUGCCCCUGAGGUUACUCAGCUUGAUCUACACCGUCACUUCCAUGCCCUUGGUGCUGGAGUUAUUGAAGAGGUCCGUGUCCAACGAGACAAAGGCUUUGGUUUUGUGAGAUAUAACUCUCAUGCCGAGGCUGCUCUUGCUAUUCAAAUGGGCAACUCUCAGCCUUACCUCUUCAACAGACAGAUAAAGUGCUCAUGGGGUAACAAACCAACCCCACCAGGAACGACGUCAAACCCGCUACCCCCACCAGCCCCAGCACAUGUGCCCGGCCUUUCAGCAGCUGACCUCUUAGCCUACGAGCGGCAACUGGCAAUGGCCAAGAUGGCGGGUGUGAACCCCUUGAUGCUUCCUCAGGGACAACUCCAUCUCAAGCAGUCAGCUCCUCUCGGUGGGGUUGGGGCUGCUUCCAUGUAUGACGCUGCCGCCCAGCAGCUCAUGUACUACCGGUAAUAAUCCUCCAUCAUCUAUACCUCUUUCAUUCCUUUUUAUCUUCGCGUUUUAGACCUUGCUCGGGGUCAGUUCUAUAUAUGUCCAGUCCAGGGAUCUCUCUAUUGUCUACAGAUACGUACGUAUCAAUAUAUAUUGUUAUCUGCUGCUGCUGUUGUUGUAGCUGUUGUUAUUGUUGUAGUAGUAGUAGUUAUGUAUCCUAACUGUGGUUUCGGGUUUUGUAAAAGAAGUGAUAACAUUCAAUAAAAAAAAAGGAUUUGCAA